UCACAUCGUGGCCGACAGCCGCCUUGUCAUAACGCCGGGCAAGAAGGAGAGCACCGCUAUGCAUCCAUAAACAGAAAGAGACGAUUGCGUGGCCCCCAGCUGCUGAUGCCGUCAGUGUGUUUGUGCAGGGAGGGGGGUUCUAAUCAAUGACGGCGUGCUGCCCGGCCCCUCAGCUCACCCCUUCCCCCACCACGACGGUCGGCCCGCCCCGCCGUCCCCGUCUCCCUCUCCUCGCGUGGUGCCUGUGGCUGCUCCUGCUCAGUCACCUCCCCCUCUCCUCCCCUGAGCCGCCUCCUGUAGAGGCGCUUCCACACCGGCUCGCGCCUGUCUUGGGCCGCGGUGAUCCUCCUUGUGCCGGCGCAGACCCACGGCCGCACGUGGGCCGCCGGCGUCUCGACUGCCGACUCCUUCUGGGCGGCACGGAGGGCGUACAGCCGCUCGUGCACCGGCUCCUCCCUCUGGAUGCGGCUGGCUCUGCGGGUCAGGUGUGGCCUGAAUGUGCAGCCGGCUGGUGGUGGGGCGAGGGAGGGCUUGGGUGGUGGCUGGGAAGCCUCGUCGGACGGGGGGAGGGUGCUGGCUGUCGUGGGCUGCUGCUGCAGUGGGGCUCUCGUUGCACCCGCGGCCGUCUGCUGCUCCUGCUGGUCGUCCUCCCUCUCCGCCUGCCGUGCCGCCUUGAGCAGCUGCUGCGCUGUCGGCCUCUCCCCUCUUGGCUUGGUGAUGGCGGCGGUGAGGAGGGCCGACCCCGUGUCGACUCUUGGCCUGGCCCCCUUGACCAUCCCCCCCUCCCACCUGCCCCUCCACUCCCUCUCCUCCCUCUUGAUCAGCUCAGCGUGGGUGGGGAUGGCCGCCUUCUGGGUGGGCGGGCGAGAGACCUGCGGGGGCCUUCUGCGGUCGGCUUGGCGUCGCCCUGUCUGUUGUCCAGGAGGUCGCGGGGCCCCUGGCGCUGUCUGCUGCUGUCCUCCUCUUCCACCAGCCCUGAUCUCCUCUCGUCGGUCCUGCUGGGGCCUUUUUGCCAUCCGUCGGCACGGCUGCUGCUGCCGGUCCGUUGGGCAGGGGGGGCGGGAGCCGCCCUGCUGGGUGAGGGAGGCCUGGCGACUGAGGGGGCUGGUGGUGAGCGUGGCGGACUCAGAAACACCACCUGAUCGACAAAAUAUACACACACACACACGUGAUGGGGUUGUACGUGGGUGGUGCGCGUGGGUUCGUACAGUGCAGCUGUAGGGGCGGCGGGGGGGCCCUGGGCGUCGCCAUGGGUGGCGUUGCGGCGUCGAUGACCGACUGCACCAGUGCCCGGGCGCGCUUGAAGCCCGCCGCCAGGUCCUCCAGGGAGGCACGGUCUUCGUGCCGCCACUGAAGUCCCUUGGCAGCGGUCUCGCCGAUGAUGCCCAUCCACUCGUCCACCCACUCCAGGCCCGGCAGCUCCUUCAGCCGCUCCAGGGGACAGGUCAGUCUGUGGCUACCCAGGGGGCGGCCGUCAGGCGUCAUGAAAGGGUGCCAGGAGUGCCGCCACUUCAUCACCACCAACAUGUUACUCCUCGUGAUGUCUUUGCUGGUGGGCUCCUCACUGACCCAGCAUCCCAUGUUCCUCUGCAUGGUCUCCGUGUUGAGGACGCUGAGGGCGAACAU